CUCAGGGCGGCUGCGCGCCUGGCGCGGGCUCUGCGCUCUGGCCAUGGCUCGGCCGCGCUGCUUCGCUCUGGAGCUGAGGGACUGCACUUUAGCUCACUUCGCUCUGGGCGCGGAGGGCUCCGAUGCACGGCCUGACCCCCGCCUGGCUGAGCUGCUGGGGCCUCCGGGGCGCAGCUACUCGCUGUGUUUGCCGGCGGCCGCGGACGGCGACUGCGGGGCCCGAGUCCAAGCGGCUCGGGUGCACCAGAACCUGCAGCGCCAGCUGCGCAGUGACCCCUUCCAGCGGUGCCAGCUGCACAGGCUGCUCUGCUACUGCCCAGGCAGCCAGGCCCAAGGCAUGCAGCACGGCUUCCUGCUGCGCGACCCCUGUGACUGCCUGGACACCCGGCGCGCUCUGCUAGAACUGCUGGGCAGAGUCCAGGAGGCUGAGCGUCCGCACCUGGGAGAGUUUGAGGCCGACUCGCAAGGUGUACUGUGGCAGCGAGUCUGGGUACUGCAGGAGAGUGGGCAGCUGCAGGUGGGCUGCGCACGCGUCCUACCCACCUUGGAGCCCCCGCUGCAUCCAGUGGUGCCCCACCUCCUCAGCUCGGUGGUCUUCCGGGACCUGGACACUGCCAGGGCUAUUUUAGAGACGUGUACGUCCUCUAUUCCGGAAGCCCAGGCAGUUCUUGAUGUGGUUGACAAGUGCCCAAGGCAGGUCCAAAGAGGAAAGUUCCCAGUCAUUGCCAUCGAAGGACUGGAUGCCACUGGUAAGACCACGGUGACCCAGGCAGUCUCCAGGUCUCUCAGGGCUGUCCUCUUACACUCACCACCCUCUUGCAUUGGCCAGUGGAGGAAAACCUUUGAUGAUGAACCAACUAUUAUUAAAAGAGCAUUUUACUCUUUGGGCAAUUACAUUGUGGCUUCUGAAAUAGCUAAGGCAUCUGCCAAGUCUCCUGUGAUCGUAGACAGGUUCUGGCACAGCACAGCCACCUAUGGCAUAGCCACUGAGUUGAGUGGGGGUCUGCAGCACCUGCCUCCUGCCCACCACCCCGUAUACCAGUGGCCAGGGGACCUGCUCAAGCCUGACCUCGUCCUGCUGCUCACCGUGAGUCCUGAGGAGAGGGCACAGAGGCUGCGGGACCGGGGCCUGGAGCAGACCAGAGAAGAGGCUGAACUUGAGGCCAACAGCGUAUUUCGUCAGAAGGUGGAGGUGUCCUACCGACGGAUGGAGAAUCCCGGCUGCCUCGAGGUUGACGCCAGCCCCUCGAGAGAGAAGGUCCUGCAGACCGUUUUGGGCCUGAUCCGAAACACUUUUCAGGACUUGUAGGUCUCUGGUCAGGUGCCCCAUCUCAGCAGAGUAGGUGUCGGCCUGGUAGAUCCAGGGCUGCGCUUGACAGGCAGCUCCCACUUCACGUUGCCCAGGUAUAUUGUGUGACAGAAAACGGGAGACUGGGCAUUUUAUUUGACUCCAGCCGUUUAUUUGCCUGAAGGCCCUGACAAGCUUGUGCCUGGUGGGGCUCCACAGGGACUGGCGAUUUCCUUCUGCCAUGUUCUCAGAACAUGUUUUCAACUCCGUCACUGUCAAACUUCUCCAAGAUGGAUCUUAUCCAGAAAGUAUCAGGUGUGCAGAAGCCACCAGGAAGCUCUUCACAGCAGCAGCAGAGAGCCCAGCAGCCCCUUCUGACGAACACCUACGUCCCUACAACCUCACCUGUCAUGACUUUCAGGUCUGGAGGCACUACGUCUCCGUCAGCCAUGCCUUUCCACACAACACACCGGUUCACGGCCAUUCCUACAGAGCUGUUUGUGCUGGGGGACAUUCGCAGAGCAGGCAGCAACCUUGUGCCUGAGGCUCCGAGCCCCUUGGAUAGAACCCUGGGUUCACACUCAGCGUUGAACAGGAAGGUGAUCAGCCAAGCUGCUCUCGCUGCAGACACUCCAGCCUUCUGUGCGUUCCUUGUUUCCAUCCCCUUCCCUUCCUUUGAAAUAUGGCUCUGAAUGUAAUGAGCAGUCUGCAAGGAGCUGGUUGCCUUUCACUUAGCCAAUCCAGCAAUUUAUUUAUAUUGAUGUUUACAUUAUGUGUUUCCUCAGUGUAGGAGCUAUGAGUCACUAAUUAAAAUUGGAGUCAAGAAGCUAAA